AUGCCAAGCAUUAUUCUUCAGAUCAGAGCACUUUUGGUGAAAAAUUUCACUUAAUCCUUCAGAAACAAAGAAUACAUAUCUGAUUUAACUUUGCCCGUAGUAACAGCAAUAAUCGUCUCUUUAAAAGAUCAAUUAGAAUUUUUAGGAUUUUUCGCUCCUCUAUUUUUAUCAAUAGCAGUAAGUACACCUCCUAGGUCACUGCUAAUAAACCUUGUUGAAGAGAAGAGUGAGAGAUUUAAAGAGUCGUAGAAAAUUAUGGGAAUGAAAUAAAGAUCUUACUUAAUUGGAUGGAUCCUGUAUGGUUAUAUAAAAACAUUGAUGAGUACAAUAUUUUUAAUUUUCUUUUGGUGGCUAUUGACAUUGAUAAUCAAUGAUGGAAAUUAUGGAUUCAACAUAGAGUCAUAUAAAAUAUUCUUAACCUACUUCUUGUACAGUAGUACAGUACUCAAUUUUUCAUUGGCAAUGUCAACUGUGUUUUCAAGUCCAAAAUUAGCAAAUGAAGUUUCGACCUUUGUAACAAUAUUGUCAAUUUUACUUACGUUUUUGGUGUUUUUGUCAAGUAUUUAAAGUUCAUCCCUAUUCUACUAUUGUAUGUCCAUAUUUCCAUAAUCCUCAAUAAGCUUUAUUUAUAUGGGGGCAUUAAAGAGAGGGUUUUUCAAUUCCUAAGCAAUAAGUUCGGCCUAUCCUUUGUCGAAUGCAGCUUUGUAAUUAGGAAUUGAAUCAGUUUUAUAUUUCAUAUUAUUCUUUUAUUUGGAUCAAGUAUUUCCAAAUGAAUAUGGAGUAUCUAAACACCCAUUGUUCUUUUUAUAAGGAUUAUUUGGGGGAUCAAAGAAAAAUAAAUUGAAUGAUUCAUUAUUAGAUGAAGAUUAUACCCAUACUCAGAAUGGAGAUUAUAGCAGUGCAAUCUACCAUCAGAAAUUAAAUAUCUAGAAAAAAUGCACAGUUUCAAUUAAAAAUUUAACCAAGAAGUUUGGGGAUUUCAAAGCUGUAGAUAAUUUAACUAUCAAAUUAUAUGAAUAGGAAAUUCUAUGUUUAUUAGGACAUAAUGGUGCUGGUAAAACUACAACAAUUAGUAUGCUUACUGGAAUGAUUUAAAAGACAAAGGGAACAAUAGAGAUUAAUGGAAUUGAUCUGGAAGAGAAUAUAGAUGCCAUAAGAGAAAAUGUAGGUAUUUGCACUUAGAGAGAUGUUCUUUACGUUUCUUUGAAGGUUAUAGAGAUGCUAAUAUUCAUGGGUAGAGUCAAAGGUUUAGAGGGAUUGGACUUACAAUAAGAAAUUAAUGAGAUCAUUGAGGUUACUGAAUUAGAAGAAGACAGAGAUAAAUUAAUUAAAGAAUUAAGUGGAGGAAGUAAGAGAAAAUUAUCAUUGGCUAUUGCAUUGAUUGGUGGAUCCUCUGUCAUUUUCUUAGAUGAACCAACAAGUGGUAUGGAUGCAUAAUCAAGAAGAAUCAUUUGGGAGAUCUUAUAGAAAGUGAGAUAAUAAAAUAGAACAUUGAUAUUAACAACACAUCAUUUAGAUGAAGCUGAAGUAUUAGCUGAUAGAAUCACUAUCAUGGCAGCAGGAAAAUUACUGGCUUGUGGUAAAUGUGAUUAUAUUAAAACUAAUUUUGGAGAGGGUUAUCAUUUAUCAAUCACUAGUUAGAAUUAAAAGAUAUUAUAGGCUUGUUCAGAUUAGGUACUGUCUAUUAUCUAAGAAGCUUAAAAUGAUCCUUAAUCUUAAUCUGAUACUAGAAUAUUUUUAAUACCUUUCAAAAGUAAACCAAAAUUGGAUUAAUUAAUUGGAGCCAUUACUAAAUAAUUUUAGAAUGAAAUCGUUAUUAAUUUGAAAUUGAAUUCUUUGGAAGAUGCUUUCAUUAAUAUUGGAAUGGAUGAAGAGAAAUUUAUCAAAAAGGCCAAAGGAAGUAAAGCAAGUGUGAAUGAUAGUGAAAUAGCUAUGGAAUAAGAGGUUGAAUAACAAAGAGACAUUAAAAUUCCAAAGUGUUUAAAUGAUCCACCUGUGUAUUCAUUUAAAUAACAAUUCACUGCUAUCUUCUUAAGAAAGUUUUACACAACUUCAAGAACAUUUAGUAAUUAUAUUUCAAUUGUUAUACCUUUCACUUUGAUAGUUAUUGGAACUUUGAUUAUUGAUGAAAUCAACUUAGAUUUUCUGAAAGAUGACAAAAAUUUAGAGUAAUAUUUUAAAUUGGUGCUUAUUUCAUUAUUUGUAAUUCUUGCAUUUUGCUUUAAUUCCUCUUUAUUUAUUACUUUACCAGUAUUAGAAAGAGAGUUCAAUCUAAAAUACGCUUUAACAGUAAUGGGUUGUAGAGUACUUCCUUAUUGGAUAGGAACUUAUGCAUUUGACUUUUUACUAUACUCUUUCUUUGUGAUCACAUUUGUGAUAUUCAGUUACAUUAUGCAAUUAUCAUUUGUUACUGAUCAUAUGGGAUAUGUAGUAUUCGCAUUUGUCACCUUUGGUUUUGCUUAUAUUUCAUUUUCAUACUUUGCUGGCAUUUUAAUAUAUAAGAAAACAUCCACAGCUAUGAAGACCUUCCCAUUCUUAAACUUUUUCAUAGUUUAUUGUAUGCCUUAAAACUUUUGGGGUAUAUGCGCUUUGUUGUGGUAAAAGGAAAUUGGAAGUCCUGCCUUAAUAGAGUUUUUAAUAAAGUCCAUUGAAUGUAUAUUUUCCUUUUUAAGUCCAUUCUUUGCCUUCUAAAGAGCCUUUUAGAAUAUCAUAAAGAUAGAUGUCACUCCUAACAACAAUCAACCACCGCCUUUAACUACAGAAACCCUCUAUUAUUCUAUUGCAAUGUUUUAUUAAGGAAUCAUUUUCUUCAUCCUAACACUUUAUUUGGAAGGCAGAUAAUUCAAGUAGGUAGCUAAUAAUUUAGAGAAUAAUGAUGUAAAAAGAAGUGUUAGAGUUGAUCAAUAAGUCAUAGACUAAGAAUAAAAUUUAUUAAAAUCAAAUGAUCCUGUUAAAAUGUAUAGAUUGUAAAAGGUAUAUGAGAAUGGAUGUGUUGCACUUCAAAACGUAAGUGUUUCAAUUUAAAAACAGAAGAUCCUCGGACUUCUUGGUCCCAAUGGAUCUGGAAAAUCAACUAUUUUUAAUAUCCUGACCUCCUUAAUUAAUAAGAGUGGUGGACAAGUAAAAAUAAAAAAUUAAGAAGUUCAUCGAGGAAAACAUGAAGUAUUUUAAGAUGUUGGUAUCUGUCCAUAAUUUGAUUGCAUCUGGGAGAAUUUAACACCAAAUGAGCAUUUAUAUCUGUUUGGCAGAAUGAAAGGAUUAUCUGGAGCAGAUUUAAGUGAGUCAGUUACCUACUUUUUGUAAACAAUGCAAUUAGAGGAGUAUAUUAAUAGAGAAAGUGGUCGAUUAUCAGGUGGAAACAAAAGGAAAUUGUGUGUUAGUAAUGCCUUAAUUGGAGGACCAUGCAUUCAAUUCUUUGAUGAACCAAGUACAGGAGUUGAUCCAAUAGCCAGAAGAUUCUUAUGGAGAACUUUGAAAUUGGGAGUUCAAUUGAGACAAAGCAGUGUAAUGUUGACUACUCAUACUAUGGAUGAAGCUGAGAAUUUGUGUGAUAAAAUUGCAAUUUUAGUAAAGGGAUAAGUUUAUUGUUUGGGAAGUCCACAAGAGUUGAGAAUCAAAUAUGGGGAUGGCUAUGAUAUCUAAUUAAGAGAGUAUAAGAAUAGAUAAGAGAUUACUCAAUUUCUGAAUAGACAAUUCUAAAAUAUCACAGAAAUCAUAUAAAAGGAUCAAGAAAAUUUAUAAUUCCAUAUUCCAAGUUAGUCUUUCGAUUUCAGCAAAGCCUAUUUCUCAUUGACAGAACUUGUCUAAAAACAGUUGAUCCAUGAUUUCUCAAUCAAUCAAUCAUCUUUAGAAUCAGUAUUUUUGUAAUUUUCAAAAUCCCAACAAGAUUAAUAUAAUUGA